AUGGCGAAAGAGAUUGAAGGCUACGAAGGUUAUGUGAACACGGUUCUCCCUUUCAAAACAGUUGGGGAUCUUGUGCUGAGUGCAGACGUGCUGUACCCCAGACAAAAGCCAAGUUCCCCUGCUCCCGUUCUGAUACAUUACCAUGGUGGAUUCCUGGUUUUUGGGGAGCGUUAUACGUUUCUUCCAGAGUGGCUAGCUCAGGCAUCUGUCAACCGAGGUUGGAUUUUUGUCACCCCAGACUACAGACUAAUUCCGGAGACGACGGCUCAUGACUCAGUCGAAGAUGCUGUAGAUCUCUACCAUUGGGUGUCGGAGUCUCUCUCAAGUCUCAUCGACAGGGAACUUGGAUCAGUUGUUGUUGCAGGCUCUAGCGCUGGUGGAUUUCUAGCAUUGACAACUUCAGUGGUUGUCAAAGCAAAACCGGCUGUGGCGUUCCUAAUUUAUGGAAUGCUUGACAUGAUCAACGUACACUACCUCACAAAAGGGAGCAAUAUCUUUGGUCAGCCUGUAUUCGACACCACCGAAACUAGAGAAUACCUCAAGAACAUCAAAGACAAACCUGUCCUUACGGGUUAUGCUUUUCCUGCGGAUCCGACACAAGAUCCUCGGCUUAAGAUUGUCUCUACUCUUCAUAUCGAUGCUACCUUCCCUGAUUAUAUGACAGGUGUUCCAGGCCUAAGUGACAAAGUUGUGCAGAAUGGAGUAGAAGCGAUUCCUGCCGAACACCGGAAGCUUUACCCUUUGACCUUUGGUCGCUUGGAUGAUCUCCCGCCCGUCCUAAUUGUACAUGGUCAAAAUGACACAGCUGUACCGGUGACCUUGAGUGAGGUCGCUGUGCAGAAGCUCCAAGCAGCUGGAGUAUCAGUACAUGCAGAAUUCCCAGAUAAUGCUCAGCACGGAUAUGAUGCAGCGGCUGGAAGAAGGCUAGAGUCAGAACUGGGAGGAGACCUCAGUGGUUCUGGGUUUGACAGCUUGAGGAAAUCACUAAAGGUUCUGGAUCAGAUCAUAGGAUGA